AUGUGCACAGUCGGACGGAGUACGGAGUACGGACUAGUUGUACCUGUCACCGGGGAGACGAUUUGCCGCGCCGACUCGGAGAAAUCUUCCACAGCCCUGUCUGUCAAUAGUAGAGAAUACGGAGAGAAGGCGAGGAUCAUGGGUGGCAGUGGCGGGAGAAAAACCUGGGGAAGACUAGGGUCCAGUACUAAGAUCAUCCUAAUUAGUACUGUACCAGCCGCCUAUGAGCCUGAGGGCCCCACCUUUCAGUCCGUGAUUGGCUGGCCAAGCGGAAGGAAGAAAGCUAACGUCUUCGACACUGAGGCACGGGAGGUCCAGGUCCAGGUCCAGGCCGAGGCCGAGGCCGAGGCCGAGAGCCAUGAUCGGGAUCCACUAGGUCCACUAAAGUACUACUACUGUAGGUAA